AUGGGAGAAGAGGGAGGCCAGUUCGAGUCAGCCCAGCGGCAUCGCAAGAGGAAGCGCGAUAACAUGGCUGACAAGGACGGACUGCAAUACAAGCCACUCAACGUGAAGCUUCACUUACUGAGAAGCCCUCUCAAGGAGGACGACGCCAGCUCGGACACCUUGUCAGUCGGGCUGCAAACCCUCAUCCCAGCAGUUGUUAAGCCUUGGGGUUACCGGUAUCAGGCGAAAGAGGAGCCUGUUUUUUCGAGAAACAAUGAAGCGACAAACUUGGAAGUGUUUUACGACCUGUUUCUGGCUGCUGUGAGCCCCUGCUUGAACUUGUUCAACAAGAAUCAACAAGUCACGAGCUUACGAGGCCUAGUCGCAUACGCCGGCUUCUUCUCCCUGAUGUGGACGACCUGGUUCCAGACCGGUUGCUUCGACGUUCGCUUCAUCACAGAUAGCGUCUUUGAACGAUGCGCCAGGGCAGUUCAUCUGGGCGUCCUGGUUGGUUUCGCUGUUGUUUCGCCCAACUUUGACCCCAGCGAGCAGGAUCCGCAGGUGUUCAAGACGUUUUCGUUCAUCCUGAUGGUGUCCAGGCUGUGUCUGGCACUCGAGUACGGCAUGGUCCUUCUCCAUGUCCGUCACUACACCAGAGCAAGAGUUCCGCUGCUUGUUCUGGUGGUCUCCAACUCAGUGGCCGCAUUCAUUUACUUUGGACUUGCGUUCCUUUUCGACAGAGCGCAUAGUAGCAUCUUUUACAUGUGGUACGGUAUUGCAUUUUUCGAAGUGGCCUCAAAUGCCGUGCUCUCGAUCUUCUACUCGAUCCUGAGCUUCCAGGACACACACCUCAUUCGUCGCAUCAGUCUUCUCACCCUGAUCAUUUUUGGCGAGGGUGUUGCUAUUGCAUGCGACUCGGUCACCUCUGUUGUCGAGAGUGGGCACAAUGCCUGGAGUGCGUCUCGUCUACCACGGAUGACUCCGUAUUCCAUUAGAGCCCAGCUGACGAGUGGUGCAGCCCCCAAGACGAUUGGCGUCGUGACUGCGGCUGUCAGCACUAUUUACCUCGUCUUCAUGGUCUACUUUGACUGGAUGUGUCGAUUCCAUCUCCCGCGAUGGCGGCAGCUGACUUGGACGCUGCUGCAUUUCCCGCUUCACUUGUGCAUGACUCUUUUCAUGGAGGGCGCCGCCCAAUUCAUCGUGGUUUGGAAGAUUGCAGAGAGUGAAUUGAGCCUGCUGACGGGCUUCAACCACAUGGUCAAGACCUCGGCGUUUGUCGAGUUAACAGACAGCCUGUGGAAUUUCACCAGCAACUUUACGAAACAGUACCCAGUCACGCACUGCUGGUCACAGAUCGCCAUCAAUUCAUCUUUCGAUGUCAUGCGCGACAUUGACCUCGUACAGCUCCAGGAGCAUCUGCAGACCGCAAGCCAGGAAGAGAUUGACACGGAUCCAAACCUUGUGGCAUGGGACCAGGCCGCCACGGAAGUAUUAAAAACGCUGGACAAUCUUCUUCUCCAGGCAUUCGACAUUGACUUUACGAAAGAAGCGACCAGAGAACACGCGGGAAUCAAGGCGCGGUACAUUGGCGACACGGCAGAGCUGAACAUGGAGGUGGGGAAACGCGCAUCCAAGCGGUUCCGCACUCUCUUCCAGUACACCUUUGUGUGCGCCGGCGCCUUUCUCGCGCUGUCCAACGUCCUCUACUGCAUCGCGUACAUGGGGCGAUGGACCCGUUGGGCCAAGGUGAGGGUGGCACUCAACUUUGUCAUCGCGGCGGGCAUCGCCCUCGUGGCGUGUGUGUCGCAAGACACGGAGUACUUCAACAACUACAACAAGAAACCGUUCGUCUUGAUGACGAUGCUCAUGCCGUACGUUGUCGUCCUCGUGCUGAACCAUCUGCCGCACUCUCUGUCCGUGUUUGGGAUGCCGGGGUUCCCCUGGUGGAAGCGGCUGGGCAGAGAUGUCGCGGUGACGCCGCCGAUGGAGCUGGUUCAGACUACUACACAUUAUGACCCCCGCGAGCACUUUUUGGGGUCGCCCGACUUGAUCGUCGGCCUGGGUCAGCAGUACGCCGUGCCGCAGCAGCCGCGGUCGGUGUCGGCGGCACAGGGGCCGUACGAGGCUGUGGAGCAGACUGAAGAGGAUGAGCAGUUCUACCGGGGGUAUCGGCAGGAGCAGUAG